AUGGUUUCAAAUUCGAAAAAAGAAAAAGGCUCGAAACAAUAUAAACAUCGUAGUGAUCAUGAUCGUGUUGAAAAAGUUCGAGAUCGUGAACAUCGUUCUCCAUCUGACGACGAUAAAUCUCGUUCACCAACACCAACAAAGUCACAUUCGAACGAUCCAUCAAACGCUACACGCGAUGGCAAUGAACGCAUGUCCUUAUCAGUAGAUGAAACAAAUAAAUUACGUGCUUCACUCGGUCUCAAACCAUUAGCAGUUGAUGAUAAUGCAAAUGAAGAUUCAGAUGGUCCAAAAAAGGGUUUGAAUAGUGAUGAAAAUUUUGUUCAUCGACCAGCAGCAAAUCUUACAGAAAAAAAACGAACCGAACAAGUUAUGGAGAAAAUUAGUGUACAUAGAGAAAAACGACAGUUGCAAGAAAAAUUUCUUACAACACCAAUUUUAGCAGCUGAAUCAGCUGAAUCUGCAACAUCAUGGGUUGACAAGAUGCGUAAAAUGGGGGAAGAAAAACGUAAAGCAGCUGAACGUGCUAAAUCAUUGCAACAGAUGGAUGAAGAAUUUGGUGUUAGUAAUAUCAUAAAUGAAGAAUCGGAAAGACAAAAACAAAGGAAAUAUACAUCGAAAAAUCUAGCUGGUCUCCGUAUUGAACAUUCAAUUGAUGAAUUUAAAGAAGGGCAACAAGUUAUUUUAACAUUAAAAGAUAAAAAAAUUAUAAGUGACAAAAAACCUGGCGAAGUAGAAGAAGACGAAGAUGAUAAUGAUGAUGAUGAUGUUUUAAUUAAUGUUAAUAUUGCCGAUAAUGAAUUGGCCAAACAACGUGCUGAAUUAGCAAAAAAGAAAACACCUGGUUAUCGAGCCUAUGACGAUAGUGAAUCAGCAGAUCAAUUCGGAAUGUUCAAUCCAAAUAAAUUAUUAGAUCAAUACGAUGAAAAAAAGAAAUCAUCAUUUCGACUUGAAUCGAAUGGUGCUUAUGAUAUGUCUGAUGAGAGGGUAGUCAAUGAAAUGAAACAAGAAAUACGAGCAAGAAUGCAAACUCUAUCAUUACCAACACCAAAAAUAGCAAGCGAAUUUUAUACACCUGAUGAAAUGGAGCGAUUCAAAAAACCAAAAAAGGUAACUAAGAAAAAACUUCGAUCACGGAAAAUGCUUAAGGCUGACGACCUACUAGCAAUGGACAGUAGCGAACCACGUAGAACAUCAUCAACAUCAGUAACUUUACGUCCAGCUGAAAACCGUCGAUCUACUGCAAUUGUUUCGACAUCAAAAGAACGACCAGUUACCGUUUCCCUUGAUAAAAUCAAGCGAGAACUUAUAACAACAGCUGCAUCAGAUGAUGAGGAUAUGAUGGGUCCUAAUGAUGAUAUUUCCAACUUUGCCAUUGAAGAUGAUGCAUAUGAUGAACUUCAAACUGUUAUCAAUAAAACAAUGAAACUCAAAACAAAGAAAGACAGUAUAUCUACUGAAAAGGCUUUGAGUGAAUUAAUCGAAGAACGUGAUCGUAAACUUAAAAUUGAAAUAAAAUCUGAACCAAUGGAAACUGGCAUUAUUCUUCCACCUGGAUCUAUUCCUUCAUUGGCUCCUAUUCCUCCCGAUGAUAAAAAUCUUGUACUUGACACAAUGUCAGAAUUCUGUCGCAACGUCGGUGAAAAUGCUAUUGAUUCAACAGCAACUGUACCGAAAUUGCGUGCAGCAGCAAAACUCAAACGAGCAAAUGUUCAAACAACUAAAAAAGCAUCAACAAAAAAUAAUGCAGCAUUAGAUCCCGAUGAUGAAUUAUUACAGCAUGCACUUGAAAAUGAAGACCUUGACGAUGAUGCUAUGGAUGAUACACCUGCUGAUGAUGUUAAUACAAAACCUUUUCGUCUUGAAGAGUCAAUUUUAGCGUCUGAACCAACGCUUGAUCGAGGUCUUAGUAGUGCACUCAAACUUGCUGUGCAAAAAGGAUAUAUUGAACAAGAAAAACAUCGCCAAAAUGCUCGUUUUAUCAGUGAUAUUUCAGCGAAAAAUUAUACAGUGGAAGAAAAAAAUUCUUAUGAAAUCGAUGAUAAACAUGCUCGACGUGAUCGUUAUACAUCUGGUCCAUUAACAGAUUUCAAAGAAAAAGAACAUUACCGUCCUGAGGUCAAACUCGAAUAUGUUGAUGAAACUGGUCGCCGUAUGAAUGAAAAAGAAGCUUUUCGUUUUCUUUCACAUCGUUUCCAUGGUAAAGGAAGUGGUAAAAAUAAAACAGAAAAGCGUGCUAAAAAAUUAGUUGAAGAAGAGACAAUGAGGAAAAUGUCAAGCGUUGAUACUCCAUUACAAACAUGUAAUUUAUUAAAACAAAAACAAAUUGAAUUACGAAAACCAUACAUCGUUUUAAAUGUUAUGAGCCAGUCUGUCAUUGUACCUCCUGUUCAUGAUACGUCACCGCCACCAUUUGACGAUGAUGCUGAUGAUAAUGAUGUAAAUUCAACAAUGCCAAAUAAUGAAUUUUCAUCAUUGGAUGGAUUCAACAAUAGUAAUGAUGACUGGAAAUCAAUGGAUGAUAAUGAUGAAAUCGAAAUUACGGAAGAUCGGAACGAUCAACCAACAAUAGACAAUACUCAAACUAAACUCACUCCAAUUCAGCAUGAUGAAUUGAUAGUUAAUCGUGAAAUUAAAAUCACUGAAAAUCAAAAUGAUCAACCAACAAUCGACAAUACUCGAGAUACAAACGCUCAAAUUCAACACGAUGAACCAAUAGCUAAUUAUGAAACUGAAAUCACCACAAUUCAAGAUGAUCAACCGGUGGUUUAUAGUGAUAUUGAAAAUUUUGAGAGUCAAGAUGAUAAACCGAUCGUAAAUAAUGAAGAUAUCUUAUUAACAAAUAUUAAUAUUCCAGAUGAAGAAUAUUUUGAAGAAGCAAAUACAGAUGAUAAUGGUUGGGCUAAUUUUGCGACAUUCGAAAAUGCAACGGAUGAAGUUUUAGAGACUUCCCCCAUGACAACACCAACUAAUAUUGAACAAAAUGAUGACGAUGAUGGUUGGGCUGAUUUUGAAUCGAAUACAAUACCGGUUUCUGAAUCACAAACACAACUAUCCAACGAUGUACCAAUUGUUGAAGUAACUGAAACAAAAGUAGAAGAUGCUGCUGCUAAUGAUGAGGAUGAUGAUUUCGGUGAAUUCAGUGAAGUUCAAGUAGCUCCAAAACCUCAAAUAUCGUCUAUAUCACAUAAUACUUUAAGUACUGAACAGAUUGACUCGUUGAUAUCAACAUGUUUUCCUGUAGAAUCUUCUAUAUCAUCGACCAAUGAUGAUUCUGUAAUCUAUACUGAAUUACCUUCUUUUACUUCUUAUAAAAAUCCAACAAAACGAAUAUCUUGUCUUGAAGCUAGUCUAGCUUUAUGGGAUGCUUUAUCAACUAUCACAAAUGAUCCAAUAGGAAUUAAAUAUCAAUGGCGAAAAUCUCAUACAGAACGUCUAUUUCAUCAAUCAUUAGGAGUUAGUGAACGUUUACGUACUAAAGCUGUUCCAUUAACACCAGAAAUUCUACAACCGGAAAAAGUUAAACCAAUUGCUUCAACAAAUAGCACACCGGAAAAUAUUGACAACGAAAAUAAAUUAUCAUCCGAAAAUGUUCGUCCACGUUUUGAUUGGAAACGAAGUGGUUUAGAAAAUCCACUAGCAGAUGAUGAUUUUUCGUCCAAUAUAAGUAACGAUGAGAAUAGUGUGUUUGACGCAAAUAAAACACUUGAUUUGGAUUUUUACGUUCCAACGACAAAAUCAUCGAAUGAAGAUGAACAUAUAACAUCUUUGUCAUCACUUCCAAGAAAUGAUACACCCAUUAUUCAAUCCACACAACAACAAUCUCAUUCAAUACCAAUAAAAACCAGUGAUCUAUUUCCUGGUUCUACAACAACAUUAACUGACGAUGCUAAACGUAUAAUUGAUAAUUUACCUAAUCUAAGUUUUAUGAGCGCUAAAGCAUUAAUGUUUCCAAUACGAUUUAAUUCAAAUACUAACGAUGAAUCAGCAACAUUAUACUAA